UUUUCUUUAAAAUAGUGGCCAAGUAAACAGAUUAGUAGAGUUUAGGUUGAAUUAAUUUUCAAUCCUAAAAUUUAGCUAGCCAACAACAUUAGAUUAGAUGUGGUGUUGUUGCACGUAUCUAACAAAAGCCAAUAGGUUAAAUCCAAUAGCCAUCACGUGUGUUCGGUUGAGAGAUUUGGUCCAAAUCUCACUAUUCAUCCAAAAUUUUCCCUUCAAAAACAUCAAAUCAAACACCUAUUUUUUAUUUUUUAAAUUAUACUAAAAAUCAAUUUUACAUUCAAAACAUCACAUCAUCACCUAUUUAUAUCACAUCUAUAUCACAUCAUACAACUAUUCAAAUUCAAAAUUUUUACUAUUCAAAUUCCAACUCAAAAUCCAAACCCCCAAACAAACAUACCUACUUUAAUUACUUCAUUUUAUUGAGCAUUGCCGCAUUGGGUAAGCUUUGUUCGUUUCUGUGGGAGAGAGAGAGAUAAUGCAUAUUUAUUAAUGAAUAAAUUCAAAUGAAAAUAAGAAUCAAAUAAUAAUAAUAAUAAUAAUAAUAAUAAUAAUAAUAAUAACCAGUAAAUUAUACAAUUAAUUAAUUAAUUGCUAUGUACUGUGAGUGUAUAUGAUAUUGAUAUGUAUGAGCUGCAAAAUUUGAAUAUAUAUAUAUAUAUAUAUAUCAGAUUUCUUAUAUAUAGAGAAAGAGAGUUAUCUUGUGGUAGUGUGAGAAGAUAGAAAAAGAAACAUAAAUUGUAGAUCAAGAAUGACAGGCGGUGUUAUGAAUCUGCAUAUGAACAUAGGAAAUGGUUCUUCUAGCUAUGCCACCAAUUCUCUCAAUCAGAAGCUUGGGAUCUUGAAAACAUGGCACAUUCUAGAGGAAACCCUAAAAAUGGUGUCACUCGACCCUGGCUUCUCCAAGUGCUUAUUUAGAAUGGCAGACUUGGGAUGUUCGUCGGGGCCCAACACCCUCCUCGUCACCUCCCGUGUCAUCGAAAUCAUCCGAGCCCUAUGUGUCGACUCCAUCGAGUUUCAAGUGUUCUUGAAUGAUCUUCCCGACAAUGACUUCAACAACCUCUUUAGCAUGUUGCCCGACUUCUACCAUAAACUCGACAAUUCUAAGGACAACAUGGGCCGAGGGACGAGGUGCUUUGUGUCGGGUUUGCCCGGUUCUUUCUACGGAAGAUUGUUUCCUCGCGAGAGUAUGAAUUUUGUUUGGUCUUCUUAUAGCCUUCAAUGGUUGUCUCAGGUUCCGGAAAGAUUGGAGAGCAAUAGAAAUAACAUUCACAUGUCUAUGACGAGUCCCCAAGAGGUAAUCGACGCAUAUGCAAGGCAAUACAAGAGAGAUUUCAUGACGUUUCUCAUAUCGCGGAGUGAAGAAAUGAUGCCCGGAGGUUACAUGGUUUUGACUUUUGUGGGAAGAACGGUCGAAGAUAUCUCAUUACACGAAGAGUGCAUGCAUUUUACCAUUCUUGCAAAUACACUUGUUGAUAUGGCUAAUGAGGGGCUUGUGAAGGAGGCCGAGUUGUAUUCAUUCAACUUGCCUAUAUACACACCGACCACACAAGAAGUGGAAGAACUGAUCUUGAUCGAGGGUUCAUUUAAUUUAGAAAAACUCGAGGGUUUUCAAGUUUAUUGGGAUGAACAUGUCCGGGAUGGUUGUGGAAAUCGGUAUGACAAAGUGGAUACAUACACAUUAGGAGAACAAGUGUCGAUUUUCAUUAGGGCUUAUACUGAACCGGUUGUCGCAAACCAUUUUGGAGAUGCAAUUGUGGACGAAUUAUACAAAAGGUAUGGAAUGAAACUAGCUGAGUAUCUAUCCAAAGAGGAUCCCGUCUACUUUAUUAUGAUGCUUUGUUUGAGUCGAAAAGCAAAAAAAUGACUUACAUAUAUACUUGAUCGAAUGUUUAAAAACCAUACUAAGAUUGCAUCUAUUUAAGUUUCAAUAUAUUUUUGCUUGCCCUUAAUUUAUUCAUUCUCGAAAUUUUAAUU